AUGGACUCGCAGCUGGAGAAACACCGCGUCAAGCAGGAGGAAGAGCCGCAGCCUGUGUCUGUCCCAGAAUACAUCACUGUGUGUGUGAAGUCAGAAGAAGAGCCCUUGGAGCCAAAAGACCUCAGCACAGAGCCGCAGUCUCACUCAGAGGCCGAAGCAGACACAGACCUCUCGAACAACUACGAUGAACACUGGAGAAGCAGCUACACCGACCAGGAUGAGCUGUCCGCCCCAGAGACCAGCCGAGACGGGUCUGCAGCCACAGGAGACCAGAAAGCGCUGGACGUUCACAGUAGAAUCCACACCGGAGAGAGACUGUUCGCCUGCCCCACCUGUGACAAAAAGCUCUACACCAAGAAGAGCCACCUGAUCGUGCACACCCAGACGCACUCCGGAGACCGGUCCUACCGCUGCUCCACCUGCAACGAGAAGUUCCCCACCAAGUCCGUUCUGCACGCACACAAACUGACACACACCGGUGACCCUGCAGCUGUUCAGUCUGACAUAAAGCCUGAACCGUCGUCGUAA